AAUCAUUCUGCUCGGUUAAGCGUCAGUGAACGGUCUCUUGGAAACAUUUAGUCUCAAACUUUGUGUAAAAACUUAUUCGGACUAACGGAAACAACAUGGAGCGCUGGGUUGGCAAGACAGCUGUGGUGACUGGUGCGAGUUCAGGUAUAGGAGCAGGCAUUGUCGUGGGGUUUGCCAACGCCGGGAUCAAAGUCGUCGGCCUGGCAAGGAGAACACAACCUAUUGAGGCAUUGAAAAGCCAAGUGACUGGUUCUGGCAGUAUAACAGCUCAUGCGUGUGAUGUUUCGAGCUCUGAAUCUGUGGCUGCCACCUUCAAAUGGAUCAAUGAGACCUUCGGCUGCGUCCACAUUCUGGUCAACAACGCUGGUAUCUUCGUUACUGGUGGUAUUACAGAUGCGGGCAACGACAUGAUAAGCGAGAAAGAUAUCAUAGCGAUCCUUGACACAAACCUAAAAGGCACUAUACUGUGUGCCAGGCACGCCAUCGCGUCAAUGAGGAGCAAUAAUUUUGACGGCCAUGUCAUUAACAUUAACAGUAUUGCGGGCCAUUACGUGCCGAUGUCUUCGAAGUUCAACGUGUACACCAGCACCAAGUAUGGAGUCACCGGCUUCACUGCCGGACUGUUGAACGAGCUGGCCGAUCAUAAGAAUAAAAUCAAAGUUACUAGCGUAUCUCCCGGUUUGGUGAACACUAGCCUGAACGUGGUAACGGAGGACACAGCAGAAAUGCCCGCCCUGCGCCCCGAGGACAUUGCUGACGCAUGUCUCUACGUACUCUCUACACCGCCCACUGUUAACAUCAACGAGCUGACAAUAACACCAGUUACUGAAAGGAGGUUGUGAAUAAAUAAUUAUUUUGACUAAAAAAUAUGGCACUGCUCUAAAUUAUUUUGACUUAAGAUUAGUAAGAGGAAUUUGCGAAGGCAGAUGACGCGAUGCCCAUCAUGCUGGUGGCGAAUUGUAGAAUGGAUCGGAGAAUGUUCAUUUUCAGGGUCCAUAUGGGCGAUGCUGCUGGCGGGGUAGUAGAUUCUGUUUGCACCUAUAAAAAAAACAAAUGAUAAGUAAAGUGGUUAGCUGUUGGUGUCAAUAAACUUUUGACAGGUUAAAAUUGGGUAAUACAUUGAAGUAUUAUACAUAUAGUAUACAUACAUACACAGUUGAGAUGUGCUUCUCAAAAUUGUAGCAUUCAUGAGUAAUGAUAAGGAUAGCAGCACACAUUUUUGUAGAGCGUUUAUGUGCGUUUUCGCG